CGCUGGUGGGAGGAGCUACAGACGCCGUGAGCGCGUCAGACACGCGGGCGGGCCGUCAGAGUAGACCGGAGCUCGGAGAAGUUUCUCUUUAAGAAGCCACCGGGACAGUUUCUCUUUGGCGAAGCAGCGGUAAGUCGUCGCGACACUGCUAAAAAGAUGGGAAACCGAGUGGCCCGUGAGGACUUCGAGUGGGUGUACACGGACCAGCCGCACGCCGACCGGAGAAAAGAGAUUCUGGCCAAAUAUCCAGAAAUCAAAACUCUGAUGGGUCCUGACCAGAGGCUGAAAUGGAUCGUGUGCAUGAUGGUGGCGAUACAGUUUACAGCUUUCUACCUGGUCAAAGACUUAGACUGGAAAUGGGUCCUGUUUUGGACUUAUGCAUUUGGCAGCUGCAUCAACCUCAUGACCCUCGCUAUUCACGAGAUCCACAAUACAGCGUUUGGAAACAACAAGGCCAUGUGGAACCGCUACUUCGCCAUGUUUGCAAACCUGCCGGUCGGCCUGCCCUAUUCUGCUUCUUUCAAACGCUAUCACCUGGACCAUCACCGCUACCUGGGCGGAGAUGGCAUCGAUGUAGAUAUCCCUACUGAGUUCGAAGGCUGGUUCUUCUGCACUCGCCUCCGCAAGUUUGUCUGGAUUAUUCUGCAGCCACUUUUCUAUGCUAUACGGCCCCUUUGCAUCAACCCUAAACCCAUCACUCAGCUGGAGCUGACCAAUGUGGCUUUCCAGAUCACCUUUGACAUCCUGCUCUGCUGGUUGUGGGGGGCUAAGCCUGUGGUGUACAUGUUGGCUGGCUCAAUGCUGGGAAUGGGCUUGCAUCCCAUUUCUGGUCACUUCAUCGCUGAACACUAUAUGUUCCUAAAGGGUCACGAGACGUACUCCUAUUAUGGUUCCCUCAAUCUGCUCACCUUCAAUGUGGGCUACCACAAUGAGCACCAUGACUUCCCCAGCAUUCCAGGACGCAGGCUGCCCAUGGUCAGGAAAAUAGCUGCAGAAUACUAUGAUGCGCCUCAGUACACAUCUUGGGUGAAGGUUCUGUACGACUUCAUUAUGGACGACACGCUGAGCCCGUACUCACGGAUCAAGAGGAAGCUGAAAGGAGAAGUCAAACAGGAGUAGCUGCUGCUGCAGGCCCACUGUGACAGCAGCCUUUGGGAACGAUCACAGCUUCUGCAGAUGAGGACAUUCAGCAUGUGGACUGAGUCUGGAAGCUUCCUGCUCAGCACAGAAAAUAUAUUCAGUUCUUUGUUUUCCAGAAACUUACCAGGUGAUGGUGGGCUAACAUUCACAGCUUGUUAGAAUGAACUCAAAUGUAGGACUGGCUGCACAAAGACUUGAGUGAGACUGCUGCAGGACAUAUCCAAACCACUGAACCCUGAGUAACAUAAAACCUCCUCCAUGUUCCUGAGGCCUUAUGUUAGUCAGGGGGGUGGUGGUGGGGGGUGGCAUUGGAUGACAGGUGGGGUCACACUUGGACAUGCUAACACGUUCACUUAGUGAUGGAGCAGUUCUCUCUGGCACACUCCUGCACCUCUGUUUCACCCACAGAUUUUUCCCAGUGGAGUGCAAGAAAAACGUCUGGAAAACUGGACCGGAGUCUCUGAUUGUCACUUCAGCUUAAAUGUUCCCGGAUUAUUAGACCAUGAAACAAACCAGUUCACCUGAGAGGUCUUUGUGGAGCCAGCCCCAGAAAUCUGUGUGUGUGUGAGUCUCUGUGUGUGUGUUGAACUUGUUCAUUUACAUUGAAUGUCUUGAUCAUUGCGAUCAUGUGAUCAUUUGUUACUUUGAUCAUCAAAUUUCUGUGACAGUUAAACAUGUAAUGAAAUUACAGCUGAUAUUUUCUGGCCUGUGACGACCCCCCCCCCCCCCCCCCCCCAAAUUGUGAUCUUAAUGAACUGAUUGGCUCUUUAAUCUUUCUCGCUCUUUCCUCUGGAUUUAAAGUCGGCGUGUUCAAUAACCUGAAGGUGACGUGGGCGGCACAGAGCCGUCUGUCCUGCCGUCUCUGGUCUCACCCUCAUUAGCUUCAGUCGUCCUCUGCUGAGGACUGAGAGGCUCACACAGCUUCCUGUGUGGUGGACACUGAGACGGCAGAGGCAGCUGUGGCUCCUCUCCCACCUUUGUGCUGUAUGUUCACACUGUGAUGCAGUUUGACUGUAUUUCUGUUUCAUUAAAGAGACAAAAAGCUUUCAUAUUAAACUCUAUGUGGGGAAAAAAAAUCUAUUUUUCACCUCUUUUCAAACUUUCUGUCCUUCGUGUUCGGUAGCUGCACUAAACCAGACUGAUGGUUUUAACCGGUCAGUUCAAAGCUGUGUGCAGUUUAUGAAACGUGACCUUCAAAAAAUCCAUCACUGUGGUUUUACAGCCUAAAAGACAGGAAGAGAAACCCCCUUAAACAUGGAGAAAAAAGAAAUAUGGAAGAAUAUAUACAUCCAUAUAUACAUUCAUUCAUCAGUGUGUUCAAUGCUCCAUCUUAGAGGAGUACCAGACACGUGGUUCUGUAUUGAUAAGGACAGUAGUGACUCAGUGUUCUGUAAUUACACAGAAGACAAAUACAGGUAUGAUGUGGUGUCAAGUAAUUUAUGGUGCUUUGUUUAUUUAAACAUGAUUGUUACCAAGAUUUUUGUUCCAGUAUUUACAAAUAUUAAAUGCUUCUGUUUCCUCUGA